GUCAACACAGAUCUUACCAUGCACUACCGCUGUAGCCGAACAGGCGUUACAACCAAAGCCCCAAUUCUCCUGCAACUCGCCACUAAAAUACCAUCGACCCACACAAUCAAUACCUUCAUCGAUUUACACACACUAUAAAGUGUAGUAGUGUGUGUUCAUUUUGUAUUUGAAUUUUGAUUAUCUGUUGUUUUCUCUUGCAAAUUUUCUUCAAAUCUGCAAGACAAUGGCUUCGAUUUUUCAAGGAGUCGGAGCUGCAACGUCACUUGAUACGAAGAAAUUCCAGCUCAGUUCUCUCAGAUCGGUUACAGGGAGGAAAGCGAGUUGUGUUGUGAUGAGAUCUGGUGGUGCCAAGAUGGACGGUGGUUCGAACCAGAUAAGCGGCAGAGCUGACCAGUUGGUUACAAACGCUGUGGCGACAAAGGCUGAUACUCCAGCAGCAUCAACUGCAUCGAAGCCAGGCCACGAAUUAUUACUCUUCGAAGCUCUACGCGAAGGUUUGGAAGAAGAAAUGGAGAGAGAUGCGCGCGUAUGUGUCAUGGGAGAAGACGUGGGUCAUUAUGGUGGUUCAUACAAAGUCACGAAAGGACUUGCGGAAAAAUACGGUGACCUAAGGGUCCUCGAUACCCCGAUUGCCGAAAACUCGUUUACCGGAAUGGGAAUCGGCGCUGCCAUGACGGGUUUACGACCAAUCAUCGAGGGAAUGAACAUGGGUUUCCUCUUAUUAGCUUUCAAUCAAAUCUCCAACAACUGCGGUAUGCUGCAUUACACAUCCGGCGGUCAGUUCAAAAUCCCGGUUGUUAUUCGAGGCCCAGGCGGUGUCGGGCGGCAGCUCGGGGCGGAGCAUUCGCAACGUCUCGAGUCGUAUUUCCAAUCCAUUCCCGGGAUUCAAAUGGUAGCGUGUUCAACCCCGUAUAACGCGAAAGGGUUAAUGAAAGCGGCUAUUCGAAGCGAUAAUCCCGUAAUUCUUUUUGAACAUGUUUUACUUUAUAAUCUUAAAGAGAGAAUUCCGGAUGAAGAAUAUGUUUUGAAUCUAGAGGAAGCUGAAAUGGUGAGGCCUGGUGAGCAUGUUACGAUUUUGACGUAUUCUCGCAUGAGGUAUCAUGUAAUGCAGGCUGCUAAGACUUUGGUCAACAAGGGGUAUGACCCGGAAGUUAUUGAUAUCAGGUCUUUGAAACCGUUUGAUUUGUAUACGAUUGGGAACUCGAUUAAGAAGACUCACCGUGUGCUUAUUGUUGAGGAAUGCAUGAGAACUGGUGGAAUUGGUGCGAGUUUGACUGCAGCCAUUACUGAAAACUUUCAUGAUUAUUUGGAUGCACCAAUUAUGUGUCUGUCGUCACAGGACGUGCCGACCCCGUAUGCAGGGACUCUAGAGGAGUGGACCGUGGUUCAGCCGCCACAGAUUGUGGCGGCGGUCGAGCAACUCUGCCGGUAGGGAGGCGGCUAAUGGCGGAAAUGAAUGACAGUAGUCCCCAGACUCAUGCUGGUACCAUUGCUCCUAUAUAUUAAACUGCUGUAAUUGACUGUUUUUUCUUUUAUACUUAUGGUGUUUUUGUUUUCUAUUUAUUGUAGUUUUGUUUGUCAGAUAAUUAUUUAACUUUGUUAUUGUUGUUUAUGGACCUGGGUGUGGGAAGAACAGUAUUCUUGUGUUAUGGAGUUUGAAGUGUAGUUGAAUAUUUAAGUGAGUUUUUUA